AGUCACUGUGCGAGAGAGAAGGGUUAGCUCGUGCGCGGUCCGGUGCGCAUGCUCAGCGGCAAGCGGCGCAGUCAGAGAGCAGAAGCAACAAGCAGCUGCUCUCCGUACCGCAUUUUAUCGCAUCGUUUCUUCGACCUGAAGCCGAAGUUUGACCUUGACCUCCCUCAUAAAGUCCAGCUCGGCGCUUCCUGGUUUCCCAACACAGCGAUGGAGCGGCUUUCGGACGACGUGGUGCUGCUCGUGUUGCAGUACGUGGGCGUGGACGACCUCUUCACGUGCCGUCUCGUGUGCAAGCGACUCGGUGUCUUGGCCCUGCACCCCGGCGUUUGGCGGUACCAACAUUCCCACAGCUGGAGGCCCGAACGUCGCGAGAAUGUGUGUCGGUUGCUGCGCCUAGCGCCGCGGCUGGCCUGGCUGUCUGUCGACUUUUCGCCGAAGCAGGACGUCCCCUCAGCGCUGUACGCCACGACCCGGUGCGCGGUGCGUGAGCUCAUGACCCACGUCGACGUCGACGGCGGCGUGCAAGCUGCACUCUUCCUGCGCAACCAGGAGGCCCUCGGUCAGCUGAGGGUCGUCACCCUCUGGCUCACGGAUGACCGCGGACCCAACGACGCCGUGCUACUCGCGACGGUGGCGUCGUCGUCCAUCUUGGAGAAGCUGACUAUCCGGUCCGGUUGGGACCAUAGGGACAGCAGCGGACUUGCCGCGGCCAUCCGGCACACUCCCAUAGCCCAGCCGUCCCUCAAGUACUUAAAUUGCCGUCUCAACUCAAACUCGCAGCCCUUCGUCGACCUGGUGCUGGCCGGGCACGCCACUACCCUCGAGGUGGUCUACCUCGGAGAAACCACAACAUCGACGGGAUCUCUUCCCGAAUGUAUGCCCAACCUCAGGGAGCUCACCUGCUCGCUGCUCCCCGGCAUGGAGACCCUAGCGCCGUCGCUGACGAAGGUGACGCUGCAGGUGACGCCUGACAUGCGACCAGGAGUCCUCGGGGCCACGGAGAUGUUGCGGCGCGCCUCCAAGCUCCCUCAGCUCACCCUGAAUUACCGCCCCGCGGCCCGCACCUCGGCUCACGUCGGGGUCGAUCUGGUUGAGGCCCUCGCGUGGUCUGGACGGUCCGCCGUGGAGGUGCUGGAGAUCGACAACGAUUGGUUCACGGAGUUGGUCGGGGUGGAUAGCGACGACGUGGGGAUAGAGUUCCUCCCUCAGCUGCAGCCGCUGCUCAGGACGCUGCCUUCUCUACCGGCCUUGAGGCACCUCGAGCUGAGUGUGUAUGUCUCUCCGGACGAGCUGCUGCUGGCCAUCACGCCGGAGACUCUGCCGGCUUUGCGUGACCUCAGGCUGAUUCCGAUGAGGUUGCUGCCCGCUCGCUGCGCCCACGACUGGCGCCACAAGGACUCGGUCCAGACCCUGCUGUCGGUCAACCCUGCGCUCAAGUUUAACGUGAUGACGAGACCGUACUGCCUAAAGGGCCAGCGCCAGUUCUGUGGGGCCUGCGCGCAAGGCUGCCACAAGACGCUGUGGAAAUGGGACUGGGAAGUGGAGAUUAACGAAAAGCGCAAAUUAAGUUAUUUUGACUGGGUCCAUAUUUCAUGAACUACUAAAAGUAUGGGACUCAGUUCUUGUCUCCCCCCACCCCCCCAGUUUUUCUUAGUGUUUUCUAGAUAAUUGUUUUGUUUGUGUGAUUCGUUGUUAAAGGGAAAUUUUUCUGAAAAUAUAAUUAAAUUACCACAGAAACC